UUCAAUCCCACCUUUUGAUUUAAUAUUACAAUAUCAAUAUCAUCAUCAUAACUUAGGAAUAAAAAAAGCAAUACAAACACAAACAAGGAAGGAAAAUGGCUGAGAAAGUGAACCUUAGUUUCAUCCUAUUUGUCAUGACUGGUUGUAUUAUAUUUGAAUCUGUAAAUUCAGCAACACACAUUGUUGGAGGCAAGGUUGGUUGGAAUUUGCCUAGUUAUUAUAGUUUCUUUGAGGAUUGGUCAAAGAACCAAACCUUCAUUGUUGGCGAUCAACUUCUAUUCCAGUACAAUCCAGGUCUUAGCACAGUUCUUGAAGUAAACAAGAAUGAUUUUGGUAAUUGCACAAACAGAAAUACCAUACACACAUACUUCAGAGGAAACUCAACAGUUCCUUUGAACAAGCCUGGUGACUAUUAUUUCUUCUGUUCUGUUGGCAAACGUUGUGAGGCAGGUCAAAAACUUUGGGUUAAUGUUCGUCCAGGAAAAACCUCAAGGAAAACCCUCAUGUAGUUCUUAUAUAUAUAUUAUCAUUUCUCUAGGGUUGCACUCUAUAAAUAAUAUUAUAUGUAUUUAAUUAGGCCAUUGUAUAUAUAUGUAUAUGUAUAGGCAGUGGCGGACCAUGUUG